AUGGUCAGUGUUGAGGCAUGCAGAGAGAACGGAGGCUCAGCAACUGCUGCCUCCGCCUCCGCGAGAGGCCUUCCACUGUCUGCUGCCGCUGCCGCAGCCACUGCAGCAGCGAGCCCUCUGGAGUUCGUGCUGCAGGCGAGCAGGAGUCAAAACCUCGAUGCCUUAGGGGCCGAUCUGGAGAGGGAUGCGCUGCUGGUGCAGGAGCAGCUGCUGUCGCAGCUGUAUCUCAGCAGGAACGAGAUCGCAGCUCUCCAGGAUACGCUCGAUGCAGCAGAAAAAGACUUGGGGGGUCUUUGCUUCCAGCAGCAGCAGGCAGCGGCGACAAUUGAGGUGCAGCAACAGCACGCCGAUCUUCGCCGCACGCGGAAAGUCGCGCUGACUCUGCUGCAACAAAAACGCGAGGCUGCAAGACGGCAGCAGCUCUCACGGCUUGGACUGCAGGCGUACAAAGCACUUCAGGCCGUUGCUCAUACUCUCCAGGAGUCGCUCGGCAGCACUAGCACCUUCACCAGCAGCAACAACAGUAGUAGUAGUUACAGCAGCGACAAGAACAGUAGUAGUAGCAGCAACAACAGUGGUAGUAGCAGCAACAACGGUGGUCAGGUGCUGGUACAAACAGAUGUCUCGUGUGAUGAGCCCUUGACGCAGAAGAGCCUACCGAAGACAGCAACAGCUGCUGCUGCUGCUACUGCUGCCGUGAGAAAGCUCGUUCAAGACGUGAAAGCGCUGUUGCUGCCUCCCUCGUUGCAACAGCGCAGCACAACUAGGAGCGACACGCCGAAAGACAGUGUCUGGAUGCCAGUAGCAAUAGCAGCGGCAACAGCAGCGGCUAAGCUAGACCCUCCAGCUGCGCAUCAGGCACUUUUACAGCUUCUGGAGGCAGUAAAAAAGGCAGCGUUCACGGAAAAUGGACAAGAGCAGCCCUCGCAGCAGCAUCUGCAACUGCUGCAAGUGUCGCUUUCGCCGGCUGCCACUUCCAGAUGUUUGCUGCUGCAGCAGACGUACGAUGAACUACAACGCUUGCAGCAAACCGUGGCAGCAGCAGCAGAAUUUUACGAUCUAGAGAGCCCACAGGAUCAGCAGCAAGAUCAGCAGCAAGAUCAGCAGCAAGAUCAGCAGCAAGGCGCCGCAGUGACACUAACUGAGGGAGCAGACUCUGCAGCUCCUGCCGCUGGAGCCACAGAACUAAAUACACCGCCAUCUGCAGAUACGGCAGCUGCUGAUGCCUUCUUGCUCGUCUCGACACCCCUUCAGGAGGAAAUGGCUCUAAGAGAUCUUCUGACCUUUUCUCACAGCGCAAACAGCCGCAGCAACAGCAGGAGCUGCAUUACUGAACCGCUUCAUCAUCGUCAACAAGAAAUGGAAGCAUCCGCCGAAGCGGUGCGGCAGCUGCUGCUGCUGUUUGUGGUGGCUGCAGCGGAUCUCAAGGAGGCGCUCGCUCAGCGUUUGUUGCUGGAACUAAAGACUUUGCUGCUGCAACUAAAGGGCAGUGUGUCAGCAAAAACGUCGACUCCUCUAGCACCCGCAACAGCGACAGACAGCGCCGAGCCACCAGCAGCUCCUGCUGAGCUUCUCAUGGCUGCAGAAACUGAAUGGCUCGUAGCCUUAGGAAGAGUUGUGCGCCCUCUCCUCGCUUCGCAGACAGGGACGGAGGCGGCGGAGGGUGUCUUCGUGGAAACUCUUAUUCGCCCGAUAGUCUCUGCAGCAGCGGUUGCCGCUGCAGGAGCGGUCUGCGGUGCGAAGCAGCCUUUGACUCCAAGCAAUCAGCACCUGCAGCAGCUGCUGUCGCAACUCCCCAAGCAGCUAUCCACCAACGACGAGGCAGUACUGCUCCGCUGUUUUCUGCAUGCCAUAUCUGCGUCUCUGGGCACUGCCCCGUUGCUGCUGCUGCCUCUUGCCUUGAAGCUCUCGUGGAUGCAAUCGCCGUGGGAAGGCCCCCUCGAUGAUCCUGGGAAAUCGCCGCCUAUUAAUUUGCUGCACCUGCUGCUGAAGGAAACGCUGCAGUGUCUGUCCCUCUGUUGCCCCUCCGCUGGAGAACCGGCGUAUGGCGAUGCAUUUCUAUGGAACGUUCUCGCGUUGCAGCGGUUCGUCGGCUGCUUGGACGGCUUGCUGCCUGCCGGAUCACUGCAGCAGCGCGCACUGCUGCAAAGCGAAUGCCUGUCUACAGCCGCUGCUGCAUUCGACUUGCGGCUGUGGGGGCAGCUACAGGCCGGAGAGAUUGCUGCCUCGUUUUCCCUCCUGCUGACAAGGCAGCCGCUCGCCCCCUCUCCUAAACGACUACCUGGCAUCGUAAACGAAUGCGUAAGGAACAGACGGCUUUGCUAA